GUAGGAGGGGACUAGCAGCGAUAGGAUUUCUAACCGGGCUGUCAGCAUCACUGACGCUAGCGCUCAGCAUCAUGGAGGAAAAAGCGUAGGAUUAAAAAAAGGAAAAGGGGACAAUAAUUCUGUAGUGCCUGUUGGGAGGCAGAUCGCAAGUGGGAGAGGGGUCAGAAACGCCUGCGGGCUCUUUAUUUGCUACUAGCAGCAGCCAUGGGGAACGAAGGUAGUAUGGAAGGAGGGGAAGGGAUGGGUGGAUUAGCAGAGGGGAUAGCAGCCGAUGGCAGAGGGGGUUUUGCCCAGAUCCCUGCAGGAAUGGAAGCUCAGUGGGGGCAGCUGAGCGAGGAAGAGAGAAAACAGAUCGCCGCUGUGAUGUCAAGGGCGCAGGAUCUGGGAAAAGGGAGCGACACCGAUCUUCAACCGAGAAAUCCUAACAUUGAUAAGAACCAGUCUCCAAGACAUCCAAGCAAACCUCCAGAUCCAGGACCUACUGGCCUAACUAAGAGCAGAACAGUAGAUGCAUUCAAAACAGAAGUGAAAGCACCAGGCAGAAGUCCUUCAACUAUCAGCUUAAAAGAACCCAGGUCAAAACCAGAUAUUAAAGAGGAGCAAAAGUCAAGCAUGAUGAGUAGUUUUCUUACAGAUAGUAACCCAUUAAAUGUAGUCUCUUCUGUUGUAAACAAAUUUAGUCCCUUUGAUUCAAAGUCUGACCCUGGAGCCAAUCAGGAGGAAAUCAGUGGGAAACAAAAAUUUGAACAUGAAAAGACAAAGGAUGGCAAAGUGAACGUUAUACCUUCACAACAGCAGCAACAGUCACCAAAAGCUACACAACAUAAAGGACAACCUAUGUCUACCACAGUACCAUCAGUCACUCAACAACAGCAGUCAAGUAAGCCUACACAGCUGCAACAUGAGACCAAGCCAAUUUCUUCUCAACAGAGUCCAUCAAGGAAAACAGCACAGCCUUCAGAUGCAACAAAACCACCUACACAAUCUGCCAUAUCAAGAACCCCGUUGCCUCACCCAUCAAAUCCCAUAAAGCCUGCAGCUAUAGAGCAAGGACAUUCUACCUCAUUACCCCAAGUACCAGAAGCUAAGACAAUUCAAGACAGGCCUGCCAAACAGUUAUCACAACCUGUUAUAAAUAGACAAGAUAGACAACAUGGACAACAAUUACCACCAUCAAAGCAACCAACAUAUUCACAACAGGGGUUUAAUACAUCACAUCAGCCAUCUGAAACUGAUAAAAAACCUGUGCAGGAAUCCAAAAAACAGCCCACACCACCCCAAGGUAAUGCCAAAACUAACAUGGAGCAAGCUGUAAAGCCACCAGUGACAACUAAAAAUCCCCAGCAGCAAAGUCUACCUAUAAAGCAACCAUCAGAUCGGCCAGGGCCAUUAAAGCAACAACAUCCAGUAAUGCAGCCACUCAAACAACACUUUCAGGCUACACCUACAACAAAUGCAAAACAAACAGAACAGAAAAUGGAGCGAGCAAAGCCAAUUGAAAGCAAGGAGCCAACACAACAACAUCCACAUCAAUUAACUAAUACAAAUGCAGAGUCUAAAAAACAAAAUGGGGCUGCAUCAAACUUACCUAUGCCCAAGACUAUAUGCCCUCUUUGUAAGUCCACUGAACUUUUUCUGGGCACAAAAGAAAAUGUCAAUUAUAAUACCUGCACUCAAUGUCAGACUACUGUAUGCAGCUUGUGUGGCUUUAAUCCCAAUCCACAUAUAACUGAGAAAAAAGAGUGGCUUUGUUUAAACUGUCAGAUGCAACGAGCACUUGCCAUGGAUGCAACUUCAAAUCCUCCACCACCACCAACACAACAACCGUUAAAACAAAAGCCUAUACCUGCAUCACCACAAAAAAAAUCAGUAUCUGAGCCAACUGCCUUGCAAAAAAAGGAAGUUGUGUCUGUGCCAAAUGAAACUGUGACACAGUCAACUAAAAAGCCACCAUUAAUAACCAAACAACUCUCUGUGACAGAUUCACCAACUAUACCCUUAAAAAAACCACCAGAUGAUCCUCUUAAAGGAAAAGUUAUUUCUAAAACAAUAUCAGACAAAACAGAGUCUUCGGUAAGUCAAAAGAAACAGCAGGUAGAAUCAGUGGAGUCAAACUCUGGUAUAAAGUCUUUUAAGGAUAAGUCAGAUUCUGUACUAACAAAAGCCCCUGUGCAUAAAGAUGUGGAUACCAAAAUAGAUGCUAAAUCAAAACCAGUUAUGGAUAUACACCCUACUGAAUCAAAAGCUAAAAAAACUGAUAACUUGCCCAUAUCCCAUUCAGUUCAAGAAGAUAAAUCACGGGUGGUACCCUUUUCAGAAUCUAAACAAAUGCAAAAAUCAGAAGCUGUUAAAUCACAAGAAGCACCUAAAAAGAGUCCAGCUAUGGUAAAUCCUAAACUUGAUGGGAAGCAGGUUCAGAAGGAGCCUGUAGUGGAGGUAAGUCCCAAACCCAGUCCAACACACAAACCUGUAACUCCACAAACAAAGACACUACCUACAACACAACCACAGAAAUCUCAAGAUCAGCAAAGGCGUUUUAGUCUUAAUCUGGGAAGUGUCACAGAAACUCCUAAACCACAGCCCACAACACCGCAAGAAACUGUUACUGGGAAGCUCUUUGGAUUUGGGGCAUCUAUUUUCAGCCAAGCUUCUAGUUUUAUAUCUACAGCAGCACAACCAGGGACUCAGCCACAACCCAGUCAAGCAUCAGCUUCUAAACCACCACCAUCUCAACAAGCACCCGAUGUUCAUAAAGUAAGUAAAGAGAGUGUGCAGGUACCACAAUCACCAAAAAGUAAAACAGUAACAAAAGAAACAAAACCUGUCUCAGCUGAAAAACCAAGAGAAUCAGGCACCCCAUUGUUACCAAAGGAGAAAGAACAAAAAAUAAUUCCAGAAAAACAAGCUGAUACUAAAAUUCUCGAUGUUUCUACAAGAAAAGAAUUUGUGCCAGAAAAAACUGAAAAAAUAUCCACAUCAAAACAAUUAUGCCUCAUUUGUCAGACAGAAUUAAAUGUGGGCUCUAAAGAUCCACCCAACUUUAAUGCCUGUACAGAAUGCAAGAAAACUGUGUGCAAUCUUUGUGGAUUUAACCCAACACCACAUCUAACAGAGGUGAAAGAAUGGUUGUGCUUAAACUGUCAAACACAAAGAGCAAUGGCAGGACAAUUGGGGGAUAGGAACAAGAUCCCACCUUCAUUAGAGACACCAAAGUCAUCACCAAAACAUGCUGUUUCAGCAAAGCCUCAAGCACCUAAAUCUGCAACAUUACCCUUUACACCAGUUGAAAAAAAGGAUGAUCAAACAAUGAAAAAAGAUGUUCCUAAAGAUGCAGACACAAAACCAGAUCAGCCUUCAACUGAACUAAAUGAGCAAUCAAAAGUCACAGAAGACAAGUUGCCAGUUGCUAAAGUUCCAAAACCUGCAGCAGCUGCGGGACUGCCCACUAGAGAAAGUGAGCCCUAUGAUAGAGAUGUGACUGCAGUGAUACCAAGUAAAGAAAUGCAACAACAGAGUACGGCUUCAGAAAGAAAGAUAACACAAAAAGCAGAUUUGAUGAUUGACCUUUCAGCAAAAACAGUAAAAGAAAACGAGGAAAGUAUAUAUAAAGAGAAAAAAACUGAUACCAGUCAAGUCACCGAUCAAGACAUUGGAAGAGAAAAGACUGAGAAGGAAGAUGACAAAUCAGAUAUAUCAAGUUCUCAACAGCAAAAAAGUCCACAAGGUCUAAGUGAUACUGGAUAUUCAUCUGAUGGCAUAUCUAGCUCACUUGGAGAAAUCCCAAGUCUUAUACCAAGUGAUGAGAAGGAGCUGCCUAAGGAACCUCUGAAAAAAGAGUCUCUUUCACAUGAAAACAGUCCUUCAAGCCCAUCUGAUUUAGCCAAAUUGGAGAGUACAGUUCUUUCAAUUUUAGAGGCUCAAACAAGUGUGCUUACAGAUGAAAACUUAAGAAAAAAUAAUGACUUUUAUGGCAUUUAUCCUGGGCAAACACAGGACAGAACUAAGACAAAAAUGUUACCAAUAACACCAGAAUCCUAUAGUUCAGAAGAAGAGGACCUUGAAGAUAUCCAAGAAGCAGAAGAUGUAGAGAUUCUGGAAGGGAAAGGUGGAGUAUCCUUACGGAAAAGCCCUAAAGACAGUGUAAUUACACGUAGACGACAUGAUUCAUUGGAUGAUAGCAGUGAAAGUGAAAAUUCACCCGUUCCACAGAGAAAAAGAAGAGCUAGCAAUGAGUCAUCAAGCAGCGAUGAAUACAAACAAGAAGACAGUCAAGGAUCUGGGGAUGAUGAAGAUUUUAUCCGUAAACAAAUAAUUGAAAUGAGUGCUGAUGAGGAUGCUUCUGGAUCUGAAGAUGAGGAAUUUAUAAAAACUAAGCUAAAGGAAAUUAGCAUAAAUGAGAGUCAAAAAAAGGAUGUUAAAGCAAAACCAACAAAUGCAAAAUGUAAGAGAUUAACCAAAAAAAGUAGCAUAAGCUAUGAUGAUGAUGGUAUCAGGCGUCAUUCCUGGCAUGAUGAUGAUGAAGAGGAUGAGGAUGAAGAAACCUAUGAUGAAAGCCCUGAGCCAAAACACAGGGAGACUAAAAGUCAAGAAAGUGAAGAGCUUGGAGUAAGUGGAGGAGGGGGACUCAGGAGGUUUAAAACCAUAGAAUUAAAUAGCACAAUAUCUAAUGCAUACUCUGCAGAAUCAAAUAAACUCUCUUCAAGACUGUAUUAUGAUGAUGAGCCAGAAUUAGAAAUGGAGAGUUUAACUGAUUCUCCAGAGGAUCGUUCAAGGGAAGAAAGAUCUUCUAGCCUCCAUGCUUCAAGUUUUACACCAGGGACCUCCCCUACUUCAGUGUCAUCACUAGAUGAAGAUAGUGAUAGUAGCCCAAGCCACAAAAAAAUGUCAGGUGAAAGCAAACAGCAGCGAAAAGCUAGACAUCGAUCUCAUGGACCUGUUUUGCCCACUAUAGAAGAUUCUUCAGAAGAGGAAGAAUUAAGAGAAGAAGAGGAACUUUUAAAAGAGCAAGAGAAACAAAGAGAGUUAGAACAACAGCAAAGAAAGGGUUCUAGCAAAAAAUCCAAAAAAGACAAAGAUGAACUAAGAGCCCAGCGAAGAAGGGAAAGACCAAAGACACCUCCAAGCAAUCUGUCACCAAUUGAAGAUGCCUCUCCAACAGAAGAGUUACGCCAAGCAGCUGAAAUGGAAGAACUUCACAGAUCCUCGUGUUCUGAAUAUUCUCCCAGUAUUGAAUCAGAACCAGAGGGAUUUGAAAUAAGCCCUGAGAAAAUAAUAGAGGUUCAAAAAGUAUACAAAUUACCCACCUCUGUUUCCCUAUUUUCACCUACAGAUGUUGCUACAUUUGAUAUGCCAGAAGAUAAAAAUUGUCACGAGAGUCUAAAAAAUGCUGAAGAAGCAUAUGAAGAAAUAAUAUGCAAAGCAAAGUUGUACCAGAAUGACAAUGAAAAGGAUGAUGCCUUUGAAAAAGAACCUUUAUAUGGAGGGAUGUUGAUUGAAGAUUAUAUUUAUGAAUCUUUGGUAGAAGAGAGUUAUAAUGAAAACUUAGAUGCUACUGCAAUAACUGCUCAAGAAAAUGUUUUUGAACACAGAUUACGAGAGUUGCAGUCUCAUUCGAAAGAGGAUAUUGGAAUAGAUGCUGUUCCCAAAAUUACAAAUUUAAAUAAUGAGUGCUUUACAGCAGAAUCUUUUCAUUCAAUUUUGCCUCAAGAAGAUAUUGUUUCUAGUUCCUACAUUGUUCCAGAAAGCCAUGAGAUAGUUAACUUGGAUAAUGCAGAAGAAAGAGAACUCCAAGUUGACAAUUCUGGUAUUUUUGAGUACAUUAAUCCUCAAGAUAUGCAGUUAACUCCAGGAUCAAGUCCAACUCAAUCUAAACCUGAAUUUGUCUUGAAGUCUGGUUCUGUGACACGUAGUAUUAAGGACAUAGGUACAAGGGAAUACAUUUCUUCCACAUCUUCCUCAGAAUUAUCCUCUAUACAAAAUAAUGCAAUUUCUAUUCCAGAUGUUAAAAUUACUCAGCAUUUUACAAUAGAAGAAAUAGAUGAUGACUUUCCUCCUGGUAUCUAUGAACAAAAAGCAUCAGAGCCUCAUGUUUCUGAAAGUACCGAGACAUUUGUCAAAGAUAAAUGUGAUGUCAAUUCCGAUAUUGCUGUAGAAGAAAUCACACCUUUUAAAAAUGCUGACCAACCAUCUAGUUCAAAACAGAAUUCUAAACAAGAUAUAUACCCAGAUAGCUUUUCAGUUGAUGGAAUGCAGAGAGACAUUUUAUCUUCUCAAAAUGAACCUUUUUCCUCUGUUAAAUCUACUAUAAUGCAUUCUAAUACUAGCCACAUAGAUUCUAAUUCUGUUAUUGUGCCGAUAGAAAGACCUUGUCUUGUCACUAAAAAAGCCAUGGAUCAUGUUGUCAUUUCAGUACCAGACAGUACUCCUAGCACAGAACUUGAUAAUGUACACAGUGACCUAAACCAAACAGGAAUGUUUAAAAGCACAGAGGAAACCACAGGCUUUAUAAAUUCUCAUGCCAACAUUAAGGGAACUGAAUUUAUUAGCUCAGCAAGUCCUUCUUACCCUUUAAACAAUUAUGGCUUUAUUCCCUCAACAGAAAAACCUCCAGUGACAACUGAGCAAUCUGUGAUCACAUCUGCAGAUAUUAUUAUUUCUUCACCCAAAGUGACAUCUGUAAUAUCCUCAAUUCCAGCUGUUACCUCAAAAGUGAAAACAUUCUUUAAAAGCACCUCUAUGGAUUCACCUGCCCCUUUAACUAAACCAGCCCCUCCACCCCCACCACCUCCCCCCCCUUUACCUCGACCCACUCCACCUAAACCAGAUAUAUAUUUAAAGAAAAAAGCUGCACCAAAAGCUCCCUCAACAACUAGAACUACUGAUAUAAGGUCAAGUGCAGAAGUUUUAAAACAUAGUUCAGCUCCUGCAAUAAAACCUCAUGCGCCACCUGUUCCUCCCAAACCAUCUUUAAUUCCAUCGGGAUUGGUAUUCAGUCACAAGCCAAUGGAUGUAUCAAAGACUCAGAUUAUGACAAAAACACAUGUUUCUGACCAUCCAGUAAACCUGCAAAAAUCAACUGAAGCACAACAAAAAACAAAAGCACAAUCUAUAUCUUCCAGAAUGACUUUAAAUUUGACCACUUCUACAGAAUUCAGACCACAAUCACCUACUUCUCCCUUGUCACCUCAUUCUAAUAAAUCAUCACCAAGGCUAACUAAACCAUCACAAGAGACUUAUGUUGUAAUCACAUUACCAUCUGAGCCAGGUACUCCAACAGACAGUGUCACAGCUCUGACAACUACUUGUUGGCCUCUUCAAUCUCCACAAAAAGAAAACUUUCCACAAACUGUAGAUACUGUUUUCACUACAACCCCUCUUAAUGUAACUGAAAAAGAGCAUAAAUCUUGUCAUACUGUGUCAACACUGCUUACACACUUGACAGGAGCAGAAGAUACAAAAGCUGUUUUCUCUAUACCUAAGACCACAAUGUCUGAUUUCAAUUCAAGUAACAUUUUAAGUGACUUUCCUAAAGAAAGGAGUGCACUAAACAGCAUCCAGAUAAAAGAAACAGCAAAAAUUACAGAACCUAUUAACAUAGUAGAUCUCAGAACCUUGAGCAAGAUUGAUUACACAUCUCCAGAACUGGGAACUGAUAUCUGCAUGGACUUGUCUUCAUCUCCAGUUGAUGUAAAACGUCAGUCUACCUGUGGUAUUUCAAGCCGGCAAAUUAGCACAAUACAACCUGCUAUAGUAAAUCUUAGCACUGCAUCACCCAUAAUUUCUUCAGUCUCACUAGUAACAGAAUCAGUCACCAUUGUGACAUGUUCAACAACAGUGAGUUAUACAACAAGUUUAGAAAGUCUGGUUGAUUUAGGGAAUUCUAUGAAGGCCCCUUUAAAACUUACAACAUCUAAGGAAUUUGAGGAUGGAAGCUUUACAUUUCCCACAGAAGAAGUGCCAAUUAACCUGUCUCUUGGUACACCAGCACAUCCGGUGACAUGUGCAACAACAAAGCCAAUUUCUUUUUCUCUUGGUGGUAUAACUAAUGGAAGCAAUGAUAUAUCUACUUCUCAAGAAUCAGUAGACAGUGGUGUUGUGGAUUUAAGCACCACUAAACCACACAGAACCAUGGUAACUAUGGAUGAAAUAACAUCAGAAAUUAUAACUGAAAUUGUAGAAGAUGAUAAGCCUGUUGAUUUAACUGCUGGUAGAAGGGCAGUGUGUUGUGAUGUUGUGUACAGACUACCUUUUGGAAGAAGCUGCAUUUCAGAGCAGCCUUCAACAUGUUUACCUGAAGAUCGAUUUGGUUACAGAGAUGACCAUUAUCAGUAUGAUCGCUCAGGUCAUUCAUCUACUAGAGGAGGGGGAGGUAUGAAAUCUUCAAUGUCUGACACUAACUUGGCUGAAGCAGGAGUUUUCUUAUACAAAAGCAAAAAUAGUUUUGAUUAUCCUACUGGAUUAAAUGAAGUUGCUGUGGACCUUACAUCUGGAAAAAUUACUACAGGUGAGGCAUUGGAUUACCAAACCAAGACAACAGGUGUUUAUCCAGAGACACGCCAAGUAAUUUCUGGAAUUGGAAUUAGUGCCCCCCAGUAUUCACAAGCUAGAAUGACUAAUUCUAUAGUAACACCAUUUGGUAUGGGAAGUGUUUUAAGAUCUUCAAAUGGUGUGGUAUAUUCAUCUGUUGCAACCCCUAUUCCUUCUACCUUUGCAAUCACUACUCAACCUGGUUCAAUUUUCAGUACAACUGUAAGAGAUUUAUCAAGUUUUAUUACUAGUGACUCUGUUUCUUCAACAACAACCCUAAAUCAGACUCAACCACUGCCAAGAUCUUAUAGCAUGCUAGCUACUACUGCAUCAGAUGUAAGCGAUGCAAUGACUAUUGUGGAAUCUGGUUUACAGAUAUUUCCUGAGGAUGUUGCAGCAACCACUGCAGCUGACCUAGUUUCUAUUUUGACAACGGAUUCUGAAUCUUUUAUGGAAAGGAUUGAAGAUGAUUCAGCAUUUAUAAUUCCACCUGAAAAUGGAAAUCAACUGCAUUUGCAACGAGAACUUCUAGAGCUUGAGAAGCUCAAACAACAGAGAUUAGCAGAAGAGUUGGAAUGGGAACGCCAGGAGAUUCAGAGGUUUAGAGAGCAGGAAACUAUAAUGGUCCAAAAGAAACUGGAAGAACUACAAUCUAUGAAACAACACCUUCUCUUUCAACAAGAGGAAGAGAGACAAGCUCAGUUUAUGAUGAGGCAGGAAACAAUGGCUCAGCAGCAGCUACAUCUUGAGCAAAUUCAACAACUUCAGCAUCAACUGCAUCAACAGCUGGAGGAGCAAAAAUUACGACAGAUGUAUCAAUAUAAUUAUGAUCCUACUGAAACCGUGACUCCUCAAACAUCCUCUGACCAGGUUAUUUUGGAGGCACAAUAUCCAACAGCUGAAGAUGGACAAUUCUGGACUAGUGAACACUCUACAGCAACAGCAGUGACAGGCAUUGAAAUUCCACCAAGUGAAACAUGGUAUGCUGUUCAGUCAGAUGGCAUUACACAAUACAUCUCUAAACCUAGUGUUCUAAAUUCUGUUUCAGAAAUGUCUCUCAAAGAUAUUGCUAUCAACGAGGAGCGACAAAAGAAAAGAAACUCAGUGCCAAGACACUGUGGCAUGUAUGAGGACAUAGAUGUAAAUGGGCAAGAAGAGCCACGGUCAUAUAAAUUAAUAGUUGAUAGUGGAGUACAAACUGAUGAUGAGGAUGCAGCUGAAAAAGAAUACACAGGCAGGAGAAGAAGAUCAAGAAAAGGUGUGGAUACAAGUGUUCAAACAGAUGAUGAGGAUCAAGAGGAAUGGGAAAUUACUACUAGAUCACGCAGAAGGUCACGUACAGGAAAAUAUAGUGAGGGUAAUGCUGAUGUGGACAAAGUUAGGCCCUUUUCAAAAGUAUCCAGCAUAGCAGUUCAAACAGUUGCUGAAACUUCUGUGCAAACUGAACCACUGGGAACAAUAAGAAUUCCUUCUGCCAGAGCAAAAGUUGAUACAAAAGUUGAAAUAAUUAAGCAUAUUUCAGCCCCUGAGAAAAAUUAUAAAGGAGAAAGUUUAGGAUGUCAGACAGAAACAGAUUCAGAUAUACAAAAUCCACAGUAUCCAACCGAUAUAUCUCAUAAAGAUAAAAGGCGUCCAACGCCUUUAGAAAUUGGCUACUCUUCACAUCUUCGUGCAGACUCAUCACUUCAAGUAGCACCUUCCCCUCCAAAAUCUCCUAAGGUUCUUUAUUCACCUGUUUCCCCAGUUUCACCUGGUAAAGUCUUAGAAUCAGCUUUCAUUCCUUAUGAAAAGACACUAGUGGAUGAUAAUAUCUCUCAGAAGCAGCUAAUUGAAGUUGUGCAAAUUCCACCACCAAGUCCAAAAUCAGCUAAAGUUAUGCAACGUUCCAUGUCAGACCCAAAACCUCUAAGCCCAACUGCAGAAGACAUUGCAAGGACACAAUUCCAAUACACAGAUGGAUACAUGACUAAAACUAUUCAGAGUGGUACCCAAAAGAAGGUAAAGAGAACUUUGCCUAAUCCUCCACCUGAGGAAGCAAAUGGCAUUCAGUCUCCAUAUAGUACAGUAGGAUCAGUUUCUCGAAGAAGAAUUUGUAGAACUACAACAAUGGCUAGAGCUAAGAUUCUCCAGGAUAUAGAUAGGGAAUUAGAUCUUGUAGAAAGAGAAUCCUCAAAGCUACGAAAGAAGCAGGCAGAACUGGAUGAGGAAGAAAAAGAAAUUGAUGCCAAACUGAGAUAUUUGGAGAUGGGAAUCAACCGAAGAAAAGAAGCCUUACUAAAGGAACGAGAAAAAAGAGAAAGGGCUUAUCUGCAAGGUGUUGCUGAAGAACGGGAUUACAUGUCAGACAGUGAAGUUAGUAACACAAGACCAACUAGAAUAGAAACUCAUAUUGCCUUAGAAAGACCACAAACUGCUCCGCAAACAGAGUUUAGUCAGUAUUUGCCACCACAAACCCAAUCUGAGACCCAAUUUGUUCCCCCAACCAGUCCUUAUACACAGUUCCAAUAUCAAACCCCUUCCUUACUUACUCAAGCACCAACUCAGUAUACCCAGCAAUCCCUUUUUCAACCACCUUUAUUCCAUCAACAGCCUUCAACAUAUCAGACUCAACCAACUUUUCAAGCUGUGCCUACAAUGUCAUUUACACCUCAGAUUCAAUCUACACCAAGUCAGCAAUCAUCUUAUCAACAUCCAUCGCAAAUGUUGUUGAUACCACAGAAAACAAGACAAGCUGCUUUAGAUCUAGACUCUAAAAUUACAACUCACUAUGAUGUUAUAAGAAAUCAACCUCUUAUAAUUGCACCUGUGUCUUCCGAUGGCAACUACUCCGUGUCUCAUCUUGGUAGCAAAUACAGCACCUUGGACUUACGGUUAGGUCUAAAUGAAAAAGGUAGUAUGGCAAGUAGUCCCAUGUCUAGUAUAUCCUCAGAUUCUUUUUAUGCUGAUUUAGAACAUCAUGCUUCUAGAAAUUAUGUUCUUAUUGAUGAUAUUGGUGAACUCACAAAAGGUUCUGGACCUCUAAAUUCUGCAUUUGCACUUCAUGAAAAAGAACUGUCUAAAACUGACCGUCUUCUUAGAACUGUAGAUUCACGAAGAACUGAAGUUACAGACUUCUUAGCACCAAUGUCAAGUUCUGCAAGGUUGCAUUCAUAUGGAAAAACAGAUGAGGAUUCAAUGGAGGAUCCUUAUGAGCUGAAACUUCUGAAACAUCAAAUAAAGCAGGAAUUUCGCAGGGGUACAGAAAGCUUAGAUCCUCUCACUAGUUUUGCUCCUUAUUACCAUUCAGAUAGUCUAUACAGACAUUUUCCCAAGACAGAGAAAUAUAGCAUUAGCAGACUCACACUUGAAAAGCAAGCAGCUAAACAACUCCCACCUGCUAUUCUUUACCAAAAACAAUCAAAACAUAAAAAAGCACUAAUUGAUCCCAAAAUUGCCAAAUUUUCCCCAAUUCAGGAAAGUAGAGAUUUAGAACCUGACUAUUCAACAUAUCUAUCCUCUAGUACAUCAUCUAUUCCAAGUUUGUCUUCUAAGGUUAGAAUGCUUCAGGAUGAUAUCACAUAUGGUUUAAGGAAAAACAUCACAGACCAACAAAAAUUCUUGGGUCCUGCACUAGCACAAAACCUUGGGACAACUCUGAGUCCAAAUAUGAGAACUCCAUUACAGGAUGAAGCUGACAAGCCCUAUGUAAGUGGAAGUAGAUCAAGGCCUUCAUCAAGGCCAUCUUCUGUUUACGGCCUUGAUUUAUCAAUAAAAAGGGACUUAUCUAGCUCUUCUUUAAGACUGAAGGCUAAUGAGACAGAAACUUUAGAUGGAUCUUUUAGUCAUGUAGCGCCAUCAGGUAGAACAAAACCAUCAAGCCUUCCUAUUAGUCAAAGCAGAGGAAGAAUACCAAUUGUUGCACAAAAUUCAGAGGAAGAAAGUCCAUUAAGUCCAGUUGGCCAACCAAUGGGGAUGGCGAGAGCUGCAGCUGGUCCAUUGCCACCAAUAUCUGCAGAUACCAGGGAUCAAUUUGGCUCAAGCCACUCCCUGCCUGAGGUACAGCAGCAUAUGAGAGAAGAAUCACGAACUCGUGGCUACGAUCGAGAUAUAGCAUUCAUAAUGGAUGACUUUCAGCAUGCCAUGUCAGACAGUGAAGACAACUCCUUUAAAAAUGCAUACCAUCUGCGUCGCGAAGAAACAGAUUGGUUUGACAAGCCACGAGAAUCACGUUUGGAAAAUGGGCAUGGAAUUGACAGAAGGCUACCAGAUAAAUUAUCCCAUUCAAGAGCAUCACAUCAGCAGGAGCAUAUGAAUGGGAAACCCAUACACUAUGCAUUUCCACACUCAAGAAUUAAACUGCAGAGAGAUGCAAAGGACCACACGGUUUCAGGUAAUGGUUUUGGAAUACGGGUUGUUGGUGGAAAAGAAAUUCCUGGAAAUCCUGGAGGGACUGGUGCUUACAUUGCAAAGAUUUUACCUGGAGGAGAUGCUGAGCAUACAGGCCGACUUACUGAAGGAAUGCAGGUUUUAGAAUGGAAUGGCUUCUCACUGACUGGGAAGACGUAUGAAGAGGUUCAGAGUAUCAUUAGUCAGUCCAGUGGUGAGGCUGAACUAUGUGUAAGACUGGAUUUCAAUAUGCUAUCAAAUUGUGAAACACCCCAAAAUUUGGAGCUACAUGACACAGGAAAGGCAUUAGAGAAAACCAGAUCUCCUGGGGUGGAUCCCAAACAGCUGGCUGCUGAACUUCAGAAAGUUUCACAGCAACAGACACCAUCUUUUGUAUCAUCUGCAAUGGAGAAGGGAUCUUACAUCCAUUCGGGAACAACCUCAGCAGGCUCAAGUGCAGUCCCUAGCCCUGGUCAACCGGGUUCUCCAUCAGUAAGCAAGAAAAGACAUAGCAGCAAGUCUACAGAAGCUAUAAAAUCUCAUUCCCAUCCAAUUACUGGAGAACUUCAGCUUCAAGUUAAUUAUGACAAGCAUCUGGGUAAUCUAAUCAUUCACAUACUCCAAGCAAGAAACCUUGCUCCCAGAGAUAACAAUGGUUAUUCAGAUCCAUUUGUUAAAGUGUAUCUGCUCCCUGGAAGAGGCCAAGUCAUGGUUGUCCAGAAUGCCAGUGCGGAGUACAAAAGAAGAACAAAAUAUGUGCAGAAAAGCUUGAAUCCCGAGUGGAAUCAGACGGUGAUAUAUAAAAAUAUUUCCAUGGAGCAGCUAAAGAAGAAAACAUUAGAAGUCACCGUAUGGGAUUAUGACAGAUUCUCUUCCAAUGAUUUUCUUGGUGAGGUAUUAAUAGAUUUAUCAAAUGCCUCAAAUCUGGACAAUAUACCACGCUGGUACUUUUUAAAGGAACAGAGUGAAAGCAUUGAUCAUGCAAAACCUCAUUCUGGUCAGAGUGGUCAGCAAGCACCCAAGCCAUCAGUUAUUAAAAGCAGAAGUCAUGGAAUCUUCCCGGAUCCGUCUAAAGAUAUGCAGGUCCCCACCAUAGAGAAAUCUCAUAGCAGUCCUGGUAGCUCCAAGUCUUCUUCUGAAGGACAUCUUCGCUCUCAUGGACCAUCACGUAGCCAAAGUAAAACCAGCGUCACUCAGACUCAUCUUGAAGAUGCUGGAGCAGCCAUCGCUGCUGCUGAAGCAGCUGUCCAACAGCUUCGUCUUCAACCAACCAAUGACAACAAAGACCAAAGCCAGCAUGCUCUCAAGAAGGUGGUGUCUGAUGGAUCCGUCAAGCCCGAAGCAAAAUCUACAAGUCACAGGCCUUCUGAGUCGGUAUCUACAACUUCAUCAGUCAGUAGCUUUGGUAGCGGAUACGGUGUAGAGAGCGAUGGUAGCAGUGCAACAGGAGAUAGCAAUCUGUUUCCGGUUCCAAGAAUAGGAAAGAUUAACCAAAAUGGACAGGAUUUGGUAGCUCAAGCAGCAAUGGGUAUUACUGAUGCUGAAGGCACAACACAAAUGAUGGGAGAAAUAAAAAUUGCACUGAAAAAGGAAAUGAAGACUGAUGGUGAGCAGUUGAUAGUGGAGAUCCUACAAUGCCGGAACAUAACAUAUAAAUUUAAGUCUCCAGAUCAUCUACCAGAUCUCUAUGUAAAACUCUAUGUUAUUAAUAUAGCUACACAAAAAAGAAUAUUAAAGAAAAAAACACGAGUUUGCAGACAUGAUCGUGAGCCUUCAUUCAAUGAAACAUUCCGUUUUAGCAUGAGUCCUGCAGGACACUCUCUUCAGAUUCUACUUGUGUCAAAUGGAGGGAAGUUUAUGAAAAAAACACUGAUCGGGGAAGCCUAUAUCUGGCUUGACAAAGUGGAUCUGAGAAAGAGGAUAGUGAAUUGGCACAAACUCUUAGUUAGCUCCGCUCCAGCACAUUGAAAGUAGUGGUUUAAGGGGACACAGAGGUUUAGCUGAAAAUUAGAAAGGCUGAUUUUGAAACUAAAAAGGGACAUUGUUCGGGUUUCAUAGAUCAAGCCAUUUUAACAUGGUUUUCAAUGGAAGUUAUAAGCAACCAUUUGAAAACAAUGCAAGAAUGAGUCUCAUGAAAGUACUGUUAUCUGAAACAGGAGUGGUUUGGAAUAAAGGUACUAUAAAUGUAGAUGUAUAGGUAUAUGGGCUUUCUAUUAAAAAGCACUAUGAUAAAUACAGACUAUCUUUAAGCAAAAAUCACAAAUACUAGCACUAUCUUUUUGCACCCUACAUGCUUUCAUUUUUUAUGCAGGGACAACAUAGAAUGAAAUAAAAUAAUGACUAAAAUAUGAAUUGUCAUUAUUAUUCAACAAGCAAUGUCUUGUGAUAUUCACGGGUAAAGGAAAUAUACAGUGCCUGCCUCCUGUUCUUAUAGGGGAUGAUAACAUUCUAAAACUUCUGUUGUUUAAAAAAUAAUGAUGACUGUGUAUGGCAAGAAUUGAUAUAGUUUAAUUCACAUUCAUUCAUGUUAAGGAUAGCAAUCAGAUAAUAAUAGCACUAAUUUAAUUACAGUUAAAAGUGAUUUUAAAUACAAGCAACUCAAUAAUAUUCAGAUUUUUCUUUUAAAUAGCAUUUUUUAAUAAGUAAACAUUUAUGACCAUCUUACAGAUAUGAGGGGCACAAUACGAUAGUGUAAAGAAUAGAUGUUUUGAAUUUUCUCUUACUAACUCAGGUAAAUGAUAUAGAUUGUGAGAAGAAUGGCAAUUAUUUGUUUCUGGCAAAAAAUGACUGCUAACAUUUUGCCUGAAGUAUUUUCUAAUGAAAGCAAGAUGGAUGUUAGAUAGAGCUUAUGCGAGAUCAGUUGUGCGUUUUUAUUUCUGUUACACUCUUAUUUUCUUUUUACCUUUGCUGCUUUUGCAAAGGCUAUGCGUAUUUUAAAAAUGAUAUAAGAAAUAAAAGACAUCCAAUUUUCUAGCAAGUAAUGUAAUUCUCCCAUGCGAUAAACUGUUAAGACUGCAAAGCAUGCUUUUAGUUGCUAUGGAAAUGUUAUGUCAAAGGAACAGCACAAAUUGGGGUACUUGCAGAGAAACCCAUAAUCAUCACUAAAUAAGAGCUAAUAUUCCUUUGCUUUUUUCACACAAUACAUUCCACCGAUAUUGUUGAAUUACUUGCUACUCGACACACUAAAUGCAUUUUUAUGUUCUCAUGUAUUGUGUAUAUAAAGCAAAACAAAAUCCAGUCACAGGUCCCACAAUAAAGGCAUACUGUAGAUAUUACAAUUUGAUUUUGCAUCCAUCACCUUUCAUACAGGUUUAGUGACAAAUCUGUGGUGCAUCAAUGACUAUUGGUUAUAACAUGCUUCCGAAGUGUGCCAACUAUGUUAGACCAAAACCGUACGUUAUAAUGGAAGUACUCUAUGCAACAUUGAUGUCUCAAUGCUUUUUCUGUGAGUGAAUAAUAGCAAAAAUUCUUGUAAAUUAAAAAAAAAACUUUUAUCUUAAGAAAAAGUAAAAAAACUGAUAUCAGUAUUUUUAUUUUGCACAUAUAUCUGAACACAUUUAUAGUGUUUAUUGGUUUUGCUUCUCCUAGAAGUGAUUACAUAGAUCCGAAAGUUUGUUAACAACUAGUCAUUUAUGAAUAUUAAUUUUCUAUGUAUAUGGCCGAGAUAAAAUGAUUUCGAUAUUUUUGUUUAUAUGCAGAGCAAAGGAAAAGUUACUUUAUCUACAGUUCAGUUGAAUAAACAGAGAAUUAAUUAUUUAUGUAACGUUAGUAAAGUAUAAGCACAGUGUGUUUGCGUGUUUACAUGUUAUUUGCAAAUGAUAUUGUACAAAACAUAAAGAAUCACUGAAAUGUCAGAAUUCCUUGCCUCUUUUGAACAUCUCCAAUACUGGAUGUUGAAUAUGAGACAGUUCAUGUUUGCACAUUAAAGGGAUGGGAUACACUGCUCACUACUUGAAUAAACAAAUGUAAUAAAGCACAUAAAUGAACUUUAGGAAAAUCCAGCCAGGUGAGAAACAAUGCUUUAUUGUGGCUACAAAUAAAUAUCUAACUACAAGCCACUUACCCAUGCACAACAACACUUACAAAGUUAGUGACAGUUAAAAGAUAAAACUAAAAAAAGAAAAACAUAUUUUGACUUGUUAAUUUGUUAAUAGAUGUUAAAAUGUUAAUAUGCAUUGCAAAUACAUUAUCACAGAGGGAUCACGUAAUUCCGGGUCAGGUCCAUGGAAUAUUUUAAAUAUUUACCUAUUAAUACUACAGAAAGUGAAUCUUCUCAAUUUAAAUUCUAAAUAGUUCUGCAGCGAAUCGAAAGAAAAAAAAUAUAUUAAGUGAUGCAGAAUGUAAGGAGUCAUUUUCUUGUCAUAACACACAAGAAAGUAGGUUCCUUUAUUUUAUUAUCUUGUAAAUAUACAUACACAUUUUUUGUAUUAGAUAAUAACAGAUGAAAGAUUCUAAUUUCAUGAGACAUUCAGCAUGUGAAUGUGAGCAUUGAACUCAGUUGUUCCUGUUUAAAUGUUUGGUGGUGUGGUACAUGGUAAAGCAGCAAUGGCUGAAUAGUGAGUUUGUUGAUAUCCACUAAAAAUCUGCACAGCAAGCCUGACGUUUAGCCGAUAUAAAAAAACAACAACCCUGUAAAAUAGAUAAAGUAACUACUGUAUCUGUCCUUAGAGUACCUAAAUGUCUUUUCAUACCAACAGAUGUUGCAUGCAUUGAUGGAGUUCUAGUUAUUAUUUGUGUAUUUCUUUUUUUUCUUUUUUUUUGGCUUCCAAAUCUAACAUUGUAAAAAUGAUUAAAUGGUAUGAAUUGUAUAGGAAUCUGCCUGUAAAUGGGUUUGUUUUCAUUUUAUGUAAAAAUCAUGUCAUGUUUUUUGUGGUAAUAUACAGGAUGUUACAUGAGAAUUUAUGCAAAUUGUGAUGUACAAAGGUUGUAACUCAGUCUAAUAAAUAUUUAUAACAUCCCACAUUUA